AUGAGCAACAAAACAGGCCCCAAUGGGAGUAUGGGCAACUCCAGUAAUCCUCGCCCAGGACAAUCCCCAUUUCCACCCUCCAACGCGCUCGUCCGACAAACACCCUCAGGAUCGCAACAGAGCCAACCAUAUACGAGCUCAUAUAGCAACAACUUCGAUCGACGCAGCGCCAGGUACAGCACUGGCAGGACGGAUGAAAGCUCGCGAUAUAGCCAGGAGACUGUAGAGCCCCCCAAGCUUUCCCAAUCACCUCCGUCACGCCGGCAACAAAGAAGGCCGGAACCGAACAAGAACUGGGAGGAUAGCAUCUAUGGAAUGUACGGAGACAUCAAAACACCCAGAGAGCCGCCGCUUCCUCCACCACCGAGACAGGAACAGCAGCAGCAACGCCGUCAAUAUGAGCAACAAGAAGAAGACGAGGACAACAAUUCUUACGACGAAGAAGUACCGCGGCGACCUGAGGCGAGGUCAAAAUCUCAGCGGCCCCGCUACAGCCAACAGCGUCAAAACUCGAGACCAGAGCAGACACGUCAAAAUUCGCGGCAAGAUCAACAAAAGAAUGAGCAAGAAGACGAGACAGAGGAAGAUGGAACACGAAGGAGAGUACACGUCAACAUCGAUAUUGGCGGCGAUGGAAGCCGCUCCUGGUCAUGGACGACCGAUUCACGUGGACCGAACAUGGUCAACUUUGAUAACACUCCAUUCGUUGGCGGGGGGUUCCCUUUUGGUGGCCGCAAUAACAAUGGCGGCAGGCUACCUGUCAACGUUCCCUUCGGUGGAGGCCUUCCGAUCAACCUUCCGUUUGGCUUGUGA